AUGCUCGAGAAUCGUCUUCCCGCCCAUGACCCUGCGAGCUUCUCCGAAUUCAAUACACUACCAACCCCCCUCACUGACGAGCAUGAUGAUGGCUGCAGUGUCACUAGCCCUUCCAAUCGUUCCGAAUCAUAUCCAUCUCCACUUCCUGUGGAUAACACAACGGUUUCAGAGUCGGAUACGUCCCUGCUGAAUACAGUGACGAAUGCGACGAAUGUCAAUUCAAUACAAUCGGUCGGAAUCUAUAGCAAAGACAUUAUUGGGGUCGAACCAAUAUCUGAAUUCAUGCAGGCAGAAUUGUUUGUUACCUACAUGUCCCCGAGUCCUUGGGAAUUCAUGGCUGAUAACGAUCGAGUUCAUCCAUCUAUCCAGAUACUUCAUCACCGUCGCUAUUUAAGUUGGGCUCGAAAACCCGUGAAAAGGAUAUCUCGUCGAUGUCUACAAUAUGCCGUGUGGACCCUGGCGUCGCUGCUCUCAGCACAAUUCAGACACCUUCAAGAAUCAUUCUACCAGGAAACUAAACGAUCCCUAGAGCACUCUUAUCUAUCAGGUGAUCCGAAUAACGGGGUUGAUACAGCAGAGAUUCAGGCAUGGAUAUUGAUAGCAACCUAUGAGUCGAUGCGAACAUUUCAUCGCUCGGCGUGGAUGAGUGCCGGACGUGCCUUUCGUCUUGUGCAAUUGAUGCGCCUACACGAGAUCGAUAGUCCGACAAAAUCUUCAAUUCCCGAGGCAGAUCUGAUUGAAACAGAAGAGAAGCGUCGAGUGUUCUGGAUGGCCUAUUUUUUGGAUCAUCUACUAAGUAUGCGUAAUAACUGGCCGAUCACUUUGAACGAACAUGUGGUAAGGCUCCGAUUAUAUCCAGGUCAAAGCCACUCGAUCACAUCUGAUCUAAUCUGCACCCGUUUGCCGGCAGCGGAUGCAGACUUCCAGAGCGGCCAACCGGUGCUAGGAGCUUUCCUCUCGGAAGCAAUCAUGGAUGUUAUGCCACAAAACGCCUCCCCGUUCAAUGAAUGCGUGGUUCUCGCUACAAUAUGUGGCCGUAGCUUAUUCCAUGCCCAGCAAUACAGUGUUCGCUUUGUGUACGGCGAUUUGGCUCCCAACUGGAUCGACCAACACCAAUGGCUUGACAAUGUUCUUACGAACCGACUUCAGAUUCUUUCCCAGUACUACCCCUCCCCGGCUCAAAUAUGCGAUCCCCUGAUCUCCUUCGCACAUAUCAUGGGACAGGCGAGUGUAAUUCAUUUAUAUAAGGGAAUUGAAUCUGCUGUGUGGACAGUUGACAAAGAAGCCUGGGUGCUUGAAUAUCAACGGCGAGCAUUUAGUGCCGCACAAGAAAUUGUCAAACUGGCAAAAGGAUUAACAGAGUUCAAUUUCUUCAAGGUAUACCAGAAUGCAUCAACAACUAUUUCAUUUAUCGCGGAGAGGCUGGUUAACGAGUUUUCAGAUUCACCCCCUCAUGCCCAUUCCAUUAUUGCUCUGUGCGGAGUUCCUUUACGGCAAUCGUGGCUCAGAUGGGGCUUUUAA